AUGCCACGAUCAAGAGAAGACCGCCGCCUUAUCACAAAGUUAAUGGACAGGGGCAAACUGUUUCCUUCUGUUACCGACGGCGACCGCAGAACCACCAUACUCAACCAUCUUCUCAGCACAAAUGGCAGAAUUCUGAGCCUGCGCUCGUUGCUUCAAGAUACUCUGGUUCUCGAGCCAUGUGCAAAAGCCCUACAACAACUUGUUAAUCCUGGUUGUAAAGACUUGAAGAAUGCACUCAUCCGGACGAUCGAUGGCGGCUAUAUGGUGUGGCCUGUGCAAGUUACCGAAAAUUCUAUUAAGAGUUUAACUGCGGAGCCGAAUAGCUCGCCGCUGUUGUCUCAAGCAAACUAUGCGACUAUUGCUUAUGUCCAACUCUGGCUCUUUGCAAUGCGCCACGUCGAAAAUCUCUCUGAUAUAAACCUUACAGGCUCCCAGCGCGAGCGCAAUAACGAGACGCAUGUAUACCGAGAAACACUACAAGAGUCUAGUUAUUAA